ACGUUUGCGAAUAAAUAACAUAUUACCUAGUUGCAUGAUGGAAUACUGUCUUGCGGAUAUAGGAAUUCAUCGGAAAUCGUCCUCAGAAAAGAACUCGGAGGAUUCGUUUGGUAAGCCGCUUUUCUCCUACUUGAGAGAAACCUACUACCAACUGGAUGAAUCACUAAACAUCAAAUCGUUUUUGCGAGAUGUGGGCCGAAUUCCGGAAUACGAACUAAAACAUCGUACCGAUGCUUCCGACAGUGAUACCGUGUAUUUGGCACUUUUCUUGAGACGACUGCGCCCGGAAGAAUUCGAAGAUGUGGGCUGUAUUGUGCAGCGAAAGCGAAUGGUGGAGCUGUUUUUCGAUGAGGUGGAACGGAAUGAUUUCGUCCGACAGCAGGAGCUGGAACUCCGUCCUGAGCAAACCGAUGGCAGUACCUUGUCGGUUGCUCAGUUUUAUGAAAAACUGCGAGAAGCGCAUCUGCACGACGAGCUGGAUCCUUCGAUUCCACCGGAAGUUAGCCAUGAGCUGUUAAGACCAACCCUUAGACCAUAUCAGACAAAUGCGAUUCGCUGGAUGCUGAAUCGAGAAACCAUUCCACAGCGUUUACCCGCUCAGUAUGCAAGGUUGAGGAACGCAAAUGUGCCGGAUGUAAAUUUCUAUAUGUACUUGGAUAGUUUUGAGGUUGUUGACGAGAAGCCCUCUGAUAUUUGUUUACCUCCAGGAGGUAUUUUAGCAGAUGAAAUGGGUAUGGGAAAGACUGUCGAAAUACUAGGUUUAAUGCUGUUUAAUCGUAAGAGAAAACGUAAGCUACAAGAACUUGAAGCCGAGGAUAGUAACCAAGAAAUACUUAAAGGUGAAUUAAAAUGUAUAUGCAUUAAACGAUCAUUGAAAGGAUUAAUUGCAUGUGGAAAGUGUGGUCUACAGCAGCACAGAAAAUGUGUGCUGAAAAAUUCGAUUGCUGAACCAUCUCGGUACAUUUGUCCCGAAUGUUGGCGAUCGGAGCCCCUGGUCGAGGCUGGUACAACAAUAAUUGUAUCUCCUGUUGCAAUCAAAAUGCAAUGGGCCUCGGAAAUUACGAAGCAUAUUAGUGAUAAAAAUUUCAAAAUAUUCAUCUAUGAAGGUGUUUCUCAGAACGGUUGGAUUAGUCCGGCAGAUCUCGCUGAAUACGAUGCUGUUUUAACGGAUUACAACGUUUUGAAAACGGAAAUAUACUACACGACGGCUAAUGCUCGCACGUCUCGACAUGAGAAACGGUUUCUUAGUCUGGUAUCACCGCUGCCGUUGGUUCGCUGGUGGCGAGUGUGCUUGGACGAGGCCCAGAUGGUUGAAGGGGUGCACAAUCAGACCACUCGGAUGGUAAAAACGCUUCCGGCUGUACAUCGGUGGACUGUUACCGGAACACCGAUUGAGAAGAGUAUGGAUAAUCUGUACGGAUUGGUACACUUUCUGGAUUACGCACCGUACAAUGAUUACCAUAUCUGGCAACAGUUGACGUACAACUACCAGCUCGGCAAUCCGGUUCCACUGCUGACGGUGAUGUCCCGCAUAAUGUGGCGAACAUGCAAAGCAGCAGUUUUGGAUCAGCUCGGCAUUCCACCGCAGACGGAGAUCGUUCACUACGUUACGAUGUCGGAUUUGCAGAGUUUUUUCUACCGAAUGGAACAUUCCCGCUGUGCUGCAGCAUUUCACGAAAAGGCCGAAAAGCUGGGCAACGAAAUUUGUGUCUCUAGAAUGAAUAUUCAUACGUUCAACUUGCUGAUGGAACCAUUGCGAAAACUGCGCCAAGACUGCACGAUUGCAUCAAUCAUUCAUCGGACGGAUCAACUGACCACGAAGAAAUUGCUGACUCCCACCGAAUUACGUGAACACUUGAUUACCAAUAACGAAAAUGAUUGUAAAGCACAACUGCGAUCGGUAGUUUCGAGCAUCAACGGCAUGGCAGCAGUACACGUGAUUCGGAACGAGUACGAUCAGGCUAUACGAUUGUACAAAUCGGUGCUGCGUUGGGCGGAUGAUUACAAAGGUACGAUCAGCGUCGAUACACUACUGCAGAUACAUGCACUCUACAAUCUACUGGACGUUGUUGGAAUGAAACGGAAUGCAGGAGAGGAAACUCCCGCAGAAGAAGUUGCUGCUUUCGAAGAGCGAUGCGCCAAACUCGAGUGGAAGUACAUCGAGGUGUACUCAAAUACGGUGAAAAAUGUCGAAAAAGAACUGAUUUCUACGUCCGAAAAGGUUCUGGAAACUUCUUCAAGAUUAGGUCACAAGAUUGAUGGUCAUUGGUGGCGUAUGAUACUUUACCAAAUUGAUCGAAACACCGUCAAACUAGACAAUUUUCUGAUCAAACUUAACGUCGAAGUGCGAAAUCAUUGCGGGAUGGCUGAAGAGAUACGCUCCAUGCGGGGGUUGGACUACUCACUGACGAUUUGGUUGGACAAAGUUAAGAAACAUCGGGAACAGCUGAAGAAAGCAUUUGAAAUGAUUAACUAUUUUUGCUCGAAUCUCAAACCAAAGCACCUUUGGCCGGAAAAAGAUCGGGAUCGAAUUGAAAAGUUGGUGCGGGACGCCUUUCUUUGCCAUCUGGACCCGGAACUGCCUGAUUUGCCCGAAAAGGAGAAACGAAAGCGGCCGACCUGUGUCCUGUGCGAGGUUAAAACUAUUCUGAAUCAGUACGAGUGCCAGAUUUUCCAGAAACAAUUUAUGGAAAGUACCAACACCACCGAAGGCAGCUGGCAAAUGACAUCGAAUGAGGUGAUCAUCAGACAAAUACAUUCCUUCUCCAAGAAAGAACACUUCGAUGAAACAGUCAUCGGAUUGGGUGACCUGUAUCUGUCCUAUCUGGAUCGUAUAAAAGCUGAAUUUAAAGAAUAUUCCAAGUACUGGGUUGAAAUCAACUACACAGCGGCGGCUUACGAUGAGCUAAACAUGUGCCGCUCACGGUUACAGGUCGUUUCGUUAGAGGAACUAGAGCAGAGUAACACCCGUAAAACAAUCCAACAAAUAUUGGACUGCGAAGUGGAUGAAACCUUUGAAGAUCUGCAGCUUCAGAAAAUGACCUCCGAGCGAGAGUUUGUACGGCUGAAGGGAACGUUGAAAUACCUGCAACAUUUGGGAAGCACCGAGGAAAUCGAUCCUUGUCCAAUUUGCCGAAACACACCGGAAAAAUACGCGGUGCUUCAGUGUGGACAUCACUUCUGUAUCGUCUGCGCACCGCAGAUCGUGCGCAUUGCUCGAAGCCAGGGAAAUCAAAUCAGCUGUGUGGUUUGCCGUCACAAACAGCGGGUUGCCGACAUCUACUACGUAACACGCUCGCAGUUCGGGUCUUCGGAACAGAUCAACGUACGAGGAAACUACUCUAACAAAAUUCUCAAAAUGGUAGAAACCAUCCUGGAGUUGAAACGCAAGGAGCCGGAUGUUAAAAUUAUCAUCUUCUCCCACUGGGAUCCGAUUUUGAUGAUGCUCGCAAGGGCAUUGGAAGAAAACGGCGUUACCUAUCGAACGAGAUCAAGCAAAUUUUACCGCAGUAUCGAAGAAUUCAAAGACUACCGUAACGAGAUAACUUGCAUGCUUUUGCCGCUGAAGGCCGGCUCGAAAGGGCUCAAUCUGAUCGAAGCCACUCACGUCUUUCUGGUGGAACCGAUCCUGAACCCGGGCGAGGAACUGCAAGCGAUCGGUCGAGUGCAUCGUAUCGGCCAAACGAGGGAAACGUUUGUGCAUAGAUUCAUCGUCCGAAACACAAUUGAAGAAACAAUUCAUGAAACCAUUCAGAACGACAGCACCGGCCGAUGGAGUUCGCAAGAAAUAACGGUGGACAACUUAGAACAGCUUUUCCAACUAGAAGAACCCGACGAUGGAUUGAUAACUCUGAAUUGAAUAUAUCACAUUCGUUAGGAUUACCGAAUAA